UCCGUGUGUCCGGGCUGCGGAGUUGAACUUUCAUCCCGGCAGCGCUUCCUCCUUCCUUUCCUGUUUCGGCCUCGACUAAAGACGCGCAGAACAAUGGCACCUCGCAAGGGUAAGGAAAAGAAGGAAGAGCAGGUCAUCAGCCUGGGACCCCAGGUUGCCGAAGGCGAGAAUGUUUUCGGCGUCUGCCACAUCUUCGCAUCCUUCAACGACACCUUUGUGCAUGUCACUGACCUCUCCGGCAAAGAAACAAUUUGCCGUGUGACCGGUGGGAUGAAGGUAAAGGCCGACAGAGACGAGUCCUCUCCAUACGCUGCUAUGUUGGCCGCUCAGGAUGUGGCUCAGAGGUGUAAGGAACUGGGCAUCACUGCCUUGCACAUCAAACUGAGGGCUACUGGUGGUAACAGAACCAAGACUCCAGGACCAGGUGCACAGUCUGCUCUCAGGGCUCUGGCUCGCUCCGGCAUGAAGAUUGGCCGCAUUGAGGACGUCACCCCUAUUCCCUCAGACAGCACCCGCAGAAAGGGAGGUCGCCGUGGUCGUCGUCUGUAAACUGUUGUGGAUUUUUCAGAAUAAAAAUUUAAAGCCA